AUGGCCACAUAUAUAUGUAUCGAGGAGUUCAAAGCCUACUUCAAAAUUUUAUGUCACGAUAUAACUGAAGAAGAAAUGAAGCAUUCUUUUAACACCAUUGAUUCAGAUGACAACGGUGAAAUUAGCCGCGAGGAGUUUGUAGCAGCAUCAAUUGAUUUCUACUUUGGUGUAGAAGAAACAGAG